AUGAUCUCCUUGAUCGCCACAGCGCGCCCAAGGCAAGAUGCUCCACGAGAUCCUCCUCUCGCUCUCCGGCCAGCCGUCCCCCUCUUCAGCCCUUCACAAGGGAAAGAUGCGCUCGCUCAAGAUGAUAUAUCCCUUCUCGCGCCUCCGGAGAAAGCCCUCCUCCGGUCUAUUGCCCACCUAAGUCAACUGCACGCGCAACUCCGCGCGCAUACCUCUCAGAUAUUGUCUGCGCAUCGGUCCGUGAUCUGUCGCUCGGUGUCCACCGCUAUAGUCACAAACCAUUUGGGCAGUUUUCAAAAGAAGAUCCUCGAGGUCGAGAAAGCAAUUCUUGCCGAAGACAGCGGGUAUGUUGGUGGGUACGGCAUUGUUCCGUUAUCCACCGUCGUGGGUGAAUUUGCACCUUGGACACGACGCAUGGAGUGGCUAUGGGAGGUUGUCCAAUUCAUACAACCCGAGAGUAGAAUCCAUGAUCCUCGAUAUGGCUGUAGCGGGGCAGCCCUUAUCAAUCACCUACGCGCCGAGUCCCAAACGGGUUAUCUGGAUAUCAAAGAAAUGGCCGUACAGCUAGUGACUGCGGCGGAGACGGCAUGGAUGAAGCAGUUAUCCAUGUGGAUUCUUUAUGGAAAUUUGCCCAUGUAUGGAAAGGAAGACUUUUUCAUUCAGGAGGACUCGAACCCUGAAGACGACGACACUCAAUUCAGCAUGCACAUGGAAUUGCUUCCAAAUUUCGUAUCUGCACAAACAGCAGGGUCGAUUCUCUUCAUUGGGAAAUCACUCAAUCAUGUCCGUGCAAAGAAGAAGACCUCGGGAGGGAUAUCCACCGCCCCAGUGACUCUUUACCAGGAACACAUUGAACACCUUGGCGGGUUAAAGUCGCCAAUCUCAUCCACGCAGCUUUCUACAGCUGUGGACUGGAUUCGCCUGUCAUUAUCACAGUCAACACUAUCCAAGCUCUUGCCUCUUCCUCGUAUCCUGGAAAUGCUUACUCUGCUUCACGAUUUCCUUCUUUUGGGGCGAGGCGAAUUUGCCGUGGCCCUAGUCUCCCAUGCGGACUCCCGCAUUGAGGAGAAUAGACGCCGGGGAGCCUUCGCUCGGGCUCAGUCCAGAGGCCUUGCGGGACUCUUGAUCAAGGAAGGCGAUGUGAUGACGGCCCUGGCCCAGGCAUGGGCUGAGCUGUUCUCCCUACAAAAGGAAGAAGAUCCGGCGGAUGAGGAGCUAGAGCUUGCGCGGGAGCUCCUUCGCUUGUCAAUCAGUGACAAUAAAUCCAGCCGUCCGAUGACCCCGUCGCAAAGCUCGACUGCGAUUCCGGAGAUCUCGAAAGUCUCCUUUGAAGACAUUCUGUUUCCUACACCCACAUGCCUGACCGCUCAGGUCCGCGCACCCCUGGACCUCUUCCUGUCAAGUUCCGAUAUUAUCAUCUACUCCAAGAUCCACUCUUAUCUGCUGGGCAUCCGGCGUGCUCAAAUACGUCUUGGCGAUCUAUGGAAAAGAACGUCCCUUCGGAGGAAUCACCCUUCGCCAUGGGGACCGCCCCGGAGUAACAGUGCAUUUGGCCAGAAUAAGUUGAAAGAAGGCCGUAAGAGGGACAAUACCCGCAUUCGACAAAUGCGUCCGAUCUGGGCCACUGCGAGUGCCUGUUUGUUUGUGCUUUCCGAGAUUGGCAGCUUCUUCCAGGGGGAGGUAGUUCACGAGUCCUGGCAGCAUCUGCGGGAGUGGAUUGAAGGACCAUCUCUCUCAACAACCUCAGCGCCAGGCUCUCGGCCAGGGACAGCAUCCUCUUCAAAACAACAGCGCCAAUCCCGUGCUGCCUCUCCCGACCGCGUCUCUAGUCGACCCGGCUCCAACGCUGGCCCUCCCUCUAUGGGUCGGCACGACCCUGAAGCAUUAACCGUUGCCCACCGACGCCAUCUUUCCACUCUAGUCCAAUCUCUGUUUCUCACCAAUACAUCGUUUACCAGUAUCCUUCGUACCCUUCUCACCAGCGUGGACCAUUUCGUGGCCCUGGUGAUUCGCCUCGAAACGAUCCAGCGCAACAUGGACCUAGAGACGGACGAGGGUGUCGUCGAUGCCCUGGUCGAUUACGCGCAAGAAGAGCGCGAAGUCUGGCAAGACCUGCGCAGUACGCGUGACGACGUGGAUGCUGGCAUGAGAGACCUCGUUGAGAGCCUCCGUGAUAUUGAUGACCACCGGUCGGGCGAUGGCCUAGGCCCAACCGCGCAGCUCGGCAUGGGCCAGGCCUGGCCGGGAGCCCGUGCAGAGGGUAGCACAGGCCCCGGAUUCCGCCACUAUGUACCGCGCCAACCGGCGGGUGUGGACCGACUGUUGAUGAAUCUCGACUUUGGGAGUCUCCGGGGUGCCUCGAUGGCGCCUGGUCCGGCAAACCUGGAGUUUGGGCGUAUGGGGUAG